CCCUAUUGUCGGCUUUCGUCCCUGGUACUUUUUUGUUUUAUUUUGGGAUAUAUGAAAAGUUUAGAUCGAGAAAUGAAGGACCUGAAGCGGAGACCACUACACGAUGAGAGACCAACGACCCCUUCUGAGCAGGAGGAACAAGUGGACAAUAGGACACUGAUUUCAGAGUCAGGAGGCUAUGAAGAAGGAACAUCCUCAUCCGGUGAGCAGGAAGCACCAGAUGACAAGUCUCUGCCGGCAACGCCCCCAGGGACUCCUGCUGCACCCGCUGACCGUUCUAGAAGACAAAGUCUGCCAACUUACACGCCAGAAAGCGCACUUGACUCCAAACAUGAACAACUGCCAAGAAGCAAUGCGCUCCUAUAUGGAGCCGCGAUUGCUGGCAUUCUGGUUGGCUGUUGCUUCGCGUUCGCAUUCGCACCGGCACCCGCUAAGACUUGUUCCUUUAAAUCCCUACGGAAUGUUCAGCCUGAACAGCCAGACAAAGUUUGGUUAGCCUUGCAGAAGGGUAUCGAGGGACUAAUAAAUAAGAAGGACGUUCAUCCCAGCGUGUUUUUGUUCCUGCACCAGAAUCCUAAGCUCCAGAAAUUGAUUGAUGCAAUUGCUUUGGAAGCGUCGAAUUGUUAUGGUGGCCCCAGUCAACUCAUUCACAUGAGCAAGGAAGACUUUGGACCUAGCUUGGACAAUUCUGGCCUGGCGAUUGAGAGAUUCAAAGCAAAGAUGAAAGACGGAAAGGUCUUUCUGAUCGUAAAUCUUAAUGAAAUUGCCCCGAAUGGUGCUCGAGCUUUGCAUACGAUUUGCGAUACAUAUAGCCCUAUCGUAGAAGACGCUGUCAUCUUCCUAACGCUUCGUACCUUUAAUACUACUGCCACAAGGAACUCGGUCCAGCUGGCCACGGAUACAUUGUACGAUUUAUGGAGCAAGGAGCUUGGUGACAACGUACUGGAUCCUCUGAUAACCCGCGUCACCGAUCAGGUGUUACACUUAAAUGGUUAGAGCUCUCAUUUUAUUAGAACUUUGAAUGUUCUUAAUUAAUUCGUAUUUUUUAUAUUCUCAAUCCCAUGAGCUUUAAGCUACAAAAUAAAAUUUAUACGCAUUUUUCAAA